GCUGAGAACCGACGGGAUCUUUUGUGUAACAGACAGUAUGGCGAUACGAGAGGUUGAUUCUGGUGUGCUGCAAGAGAAAUGGAUACAUAGCAAAAUGACAGGAGAUAGACGACGAUACUGAGCUACUAGUAGGGGGUAGAAUCGUGCUUUCUGUGUACCUACCUACAAUGUAAACAGUCGAUGAUGGAAAAGAUAAUUAUUGGUGCAGCCUCGCGUCUCCUUCACCCCGGACUUGGCAACAUUUGCCCAUUUCGGCGGGACGAGCAUGACUGCCAGAUAGAUGCAACGUACAUAUAGCUACUGUAUGUUCUACUAAAAAGUGACCCAACGUCCAAGCGUUCAGGAGCCGACUUUCCCCUUGCGGCUCCCAAGGAGCUUCGCUUUCCGUGGACAGCAUGUCUGCCAGCGCCGACCAAAGGUAGCAGGAUUGAACUCCAUGUCCAUGCCGCGGCGGCACCUCCAGCAUGUCCCUGAGACCACCAGCAGCGCCGCUCGCACCGCAUGCCGGUACCGGCGAGGAAGAUGAGAACGAGCCCGACCUCGAGUUGACAAUAAGGUUUUCGGCCUCCCUUCCCGACCUUGUCCUCACGAUCCCCGGGUCCGAGUCAUUGAACGCCAACACCGCGACGCUCAAACAGUUGAUCCGCUCACACGUCCCGCAAGAAUAUGCCAACAGACGCAUCCGGCUAAUUCACGCCGGGAAAGCUCUCGUCGACGAAGUCCCGCUCAGUGCAUCCCUCAAACGCAAUGUGAGCAGACCGCCGUCACGCAUAAGCACGCCCGGACCAUACGACGACAACGACCAGUCGAGUAAUGGCAACGGAAGCGCUAGGAGCUCAAGCAAGAAGACGGCUGCGGCGACAUCGAGACCACCACCGCUGCAAUGGAGUACUACCGCUAACAGUGGUGGUAGCGAUACUGCCAAAGGCAAACUGGCCGUGCGGGAUCAGCCGCGCAUCUACAUCCACUGCUCGAUCGGAGACAUUGUGCUUUCGCCGGGAGAACUGGCUGCAGAAGCAGCGGGCGCGGCCGCCGCUGCGUCAAGACAUGACGACGGCGAAAGAGACGGUGAUGGGAAGACUACAUCUGCUGCUGGUGCUGCUGCUUCUGGUGAAGCGGGCACUCAGGCUUCUAGAUCGUCGCAAAUAUCCAACACCACGACCCCGGCGCCGCGAGGGUUCGAUCGCUUGUUGAACGCCGGCUUCACGCCUGCCGAGGUCCAGUCGCUGCGGCUCCAGUUCCUUGCUAUCCAGGCGCACACGCACACCCCGGACACGAUGCCGUCGCCGAAUACCCUUCGGGAUAUGGAGGAUCGCUGGCUCGACAAUUCGAGCGCGGGAGGAGAUCUAGGCGGCGGUGGAAUCGGUGGUGCGGCCCUCGGAGGUGCCGGGGGUGCAGCUGGAGGAGGUGAGGAUGACUUGCAAGUCGGCGCGUUAGAUGAUAUGAUUUGGGGCACGGCCAUGGGCUUCUUCUGGCCCAUCGGAUGUCUCAUGUGGGGAGUGCGCGAAGAAGGCAUCUGGAGCCAGCGCCGCAAAAUGGCCGUCGUGGUAGGCUUCAUGUUGAAUGUAGGUUUGGGUAUCAUUCGAUACACGGGGUGAAUGGAAUGGACGAGUUGUACUGUAUGUCCACCAUUGUUUUUGCGCGAAGAUUCUUCUUAAGUGACAGUCACCGUCACAGUCACUAUGGGCUGUCGACUUCACUGCCUGAAAUUCAGCCAGUUGAACUACCUACACUACUGCCUUUAUAUUAUACAUCAACCAAAUUAUCCCCAACAAUCGCCACUUCACCACCAUCGGGUCCUAUGGCCUAGGUGGGUAGGGGAUUUGGGAUUGGUGCCUAGUCCGAGUCAACAACUAGGUCGGCUAUAAAAUACUCUCAACCAUAAUUGUUCGGUCAAAAAACCCUGAUGGCAUAAAACACCGGGGGUUUUCAGUCACUCAUACACCUCUAUACGACUGGGCUUGUGAGACCUGUUUUUUUGGGCCUUGUGCAACUCCGUCAAACUGAACAAGAUGGGCCAAUAACCCUUUACUUGACGCUCUGCUCCUCCAUAUGCUAUGAUUUCUGUUCCAUGAAUGGCGGGUCAAAAAUGAUAUUACAGUCCGAGCAGACAUGUCCUUGAUAUGUACGCAUGGGUAUAGUUCUUGUUACAAGAGACAUGCUCCCGACAACUACCUUUGGCAUGGUCGGUUAUGCCAGACUAAAGUGAAUUAAUGCAUUGGGAUUUUCAAUGUACGCCAUGGAACGCCUGUCUCCCAGUUUCCCAUUGAUCCCGAUAACAAAAAAAGACUUGUUGUAUACAGCCAGCCAGUCAAGGACUUCAUCUGAACUUGCUGUAUAUCACGCCGAUAAUGAGAAGCACCAGCACCGUGAUAAUCGC